AUGUACGGUAAAAUCAACAGUGAAAGUCUCCUCGAGGACACCGACACUUCACCAAAAUUCACCAUUUUACAAGAGGCAAAGAGCAGAAAGGUGUUUGUCCUGGAUACAUCUGGCAGUAUGAAUUUGGGCACACCAAAGAGGAUAGUACGCUUGCAUGAGACUGGUAAAUACAUAAUCGAGAAUGAAGAGGAGAUUUGUUCCGAUAGCUACCUUGGAAUAGUGUGGUUUAGUUACAGUGCAUCCGUCAAGAAAGCUAUUACUAAGGUCGACAGUGUAGCCACGAGGGCUGCUCUAGUUGAUGCUCUACCAACGUUUUCCGGUGGCGGCACUUGUAUCGGAUGUGGACUGAAGCUUGCUAUAGAUGAAAUCAUAAAGACCUUUCCCACGUCCUCAAAACAUUCUGAGAUUAUUCUUAUGUCUGAUGGCGAAGAGACGACGAACAAAUCAACAAUAACAGAGCAAACAACCAGAGCGAAAGACCUUGGUAUUCUCAUACACACAGUCGCAAUCUCAGACCAGUCUUCUGUACGACUCGCCGACGUUGCGAAAAUUACUGGCGGGAAAAGUCUUUUUCUGGAGAUUGGAGGAAAUAUUACGUUUCUUUCUGUCUUAUCCAAAGCAUUGUCGAACAGUAUGACCGGGGGCGGAUGUAAAUCGGAGGAGAUGAGAUCAGGGACGUUAAGGAAUAGCAGCGUGUUGAAUUUUAAUUUCACUAUCGAUGGUGGGAUGGGUUUAAACACAACAGUUGUCAUAUUUCCAAGCAACCCUGGCCUACACUUUGACUUUGAAAUAAGAGGAGAGGAGGGCUUACUUGAGAAAAGUUUAAAUAUAAGUGAGACACCGAUUAUGGCACGGUUGACUGGAAAAUUAACAAAAGGGACAUAUUUUGUUGUUGUUAAAACCAAGCCUGAUACAGCUAUAAAUUGGGAGUACGAUGUGAAAUCUAAAUCAAAGGAUAACCACCAAGUUACCGUAACGACCCGUUUCUCCGACGACGUGGUUUAUACGGACGUUUUGAAGGGGAAUGCUCCUGUUUUGAAUGCAAACGUCGUCGCCACGUCUGGAUCAUGUUUUGUAAUUUUACGGGACAAUGGAAAAGGUAAAGACAUUACAGCAGGCGACGGAACUUAUACAGGACAGUUUACAUGUCCCAAAGAAGGCCGGAGUGAAACCCGCGUCACUGUGAAGGCAAAUUCAAUCAUUAUUGUGACUGGCAUUGUCGGAGCCGCAACGUUAAACCCAGACGCGUUUGAAGAAAUCGUUAUUGAGGAAAGGUUUGAAAGGUUUUCACUUGUUGAGGAUGCAAAUUUAUCUCCAACAACAAUAGGGGAUACUACUUCACCGGGAAAGAUUACUGAUCUCAGAAUAGAAGAUGUGGAAACGAAUGGAAACACCCGACAUUUUACAAUACGCUGGACAGCAACAGGUGACGACAGAUACACUGGCCAAGCAACAACUUAUCAAUUCCGCUAUGCAAACGACUUAGACAGUUUGUUAAAUAAUUUUGGAAAUGCGCAAGCUCUGGACAUUGGUCAACAUAACCUUUACCCUAGAGACUCAGGCGAAGACGAGGCUGUCGAUAUUUCUGUAACAGCUGAAAAAGAAUUUAACGAGACAGCCUUUUUGGGCAUUAGAGCUUUGGAUGAGGUUGGAAAUGAGGGAGCUAUGUCUAAUAUUGUGUCAAUAGUAAUAGCAAAUGGAUUUAACAUUUCCUUCAACGGAAGAACAAAUCAUACGUACAUUGCUCCUCCGCCUAUCAUAGAUGAUGAUAAAACCAUCGUGGGUUUAAUUAUUGGUGUUGUGAUCGGAACAGCAGUGCCGGUUAUCAUCCUCAUUGCAGCAUGCGUCGUUAUAAAUCUAAGAAGGCAUAAACUAAAUAACUCGCACUCCACCCGAGAUCCACGAAAGGAAGAAACCGGCGACAAUCCGGCAUUCUCUGAAGGCAAUCGAGCAUAUAACCAUCAAACACAAACAGCAUACGUCUACAAGGGAUACAGAAGUCAUGGUCAAAUGGUCGUUUAUUAACGUCUUUUGAAUUGUCAUAAACUUUAGUAUUAUCAUUUUGGUUGUAAGAUAUGAAGCGUUAUGAACAAUCUGUAGAAUCUGAUUACGUUUCGAUAUUACGGAUUUCUUUAUUCUUUCUCAUAAUACAGAUUAAUAUAUGUUUAUGUUUUAUUGACAUGUUUCUGAUAUUCGCAUGUUUACAUUACAUACAUGUUGAAAAGUUAACAUGUUUUAACCAUACUAUUUGAUUGAAAUAAAAGCAUGUUGUUUGCUUACAAGAAAAUUGAGUUUC